AUGGUUGCUUCGAAGGUCGCCUCGACCAAGGACAGCACCCUCGUCAUCAUUGACGCCCAAAACGAGUACGCCGAAGGCAAGCUGACCGUCAAGAACAUCGCCUCCUCGCGCAAGGUCAUCCACGCCCUCCUCGAAAAGUACAGGGCCAGCGGGGGCAACGUCGUCCACGUCGUCCACGACACACCCCGGGCGCCCCCGUCUUCACACCCGGCACCAAGCUCGCCGAGGAGCUCGAGGAGCUCACGCCCCGCGACGGCGAAAAGUCCAGCACCUCGAGUCGAUUGGAAGCAAAAGCUGGUUCUUGUCGGCUACAUGGCCCACGUCUGCAUCUCCACGACCGCCAGGAGCGGUGCGCGAUUUGGCUAUGAUAUCGUCGUUGUCGAGGAUGCUGUUGGUGACAGGGACAUCCCCGGCGCCGACGCCGACCAGCUCGUCAAGGUUGCCCUUGCCGAGAUUGCUGAUGCCUUUGGAACUAUAGUUCAGAGCAGCGACAUCAACUAA